UCCUACAGUUACAAUGCUUUAUGUAUCCUAAGUUCUGUCACUACAACAAAUUAGGUUUUGUUGUUCAAAAUUUUUCGCAGCAAAAAGAUUUUUUUUUUUUUACACGUGUACUGUUAUUAAACGAAAUGACCUUAACCUUUUUUUAACUUAUUUUGUUACAUCACCGUGUUUUUAACAAUAUUUUCUGUUGUAAUUUCUUUAGCAAUGACUUUUUAAAAAAUAUAAAGGAUGAAAACAAGACCGUUGGGAUGAAAAUGUAAAAUCUUUUGGUGACAGAGGAUAUUCAUGAAGAUUGUAAAAGAAACAGUUUACAAAUUCUUUUUGGUGCCACUGAUAAAAAAAAAAAAAAUUUAUAACAAAUUUCUUUCAUUGCAUUGGACGGCUGAGCUGGCUAGACUCUCCUUCAUUGUCGCUAUAAAAACAGCCAUCCAUAUGAUUCUUUCAAAACUCAAAUCUUCAUUCCUUGAGCUUGUUAGCUAGCUAUUCGAGCUUUCAAUCUCUCCCGGCCUUUAGAUUGCGGUAAUAACUCAAAAAUACGUAUCUUUCCAAAUGACCUCCUGUUUUCAGUUGCUUGCAGGAGUCUUGGCUGUAACUUUUACUGUUGCUCUAGCAAACCGCCAUCCCAUUAAUGAUUUCUGCGUUGCAGACAAGAAAAGCCCAGUGCUAGUGGAUGGUUUUGUAUGCAAGGACCCAAAACUGGUUGAAGACAAUGAUUUCUUCUCGAGUGGACUUCACAUACCAGGCAACACAUCAAACCAGCUUGGAUCAAAGGCCACACCAGCAAAUAUUUUACAAAUACCAGGACUCAACACACUCGGCAUCUCACUUGUCCGGAUAGACUAUGCACCCUAUGGUGUCAAUGCUCCCCACACACACCGUGCCACAGAGAUUUUUACAGUCCUGAAAGGCAUCCUUGAAGUUGGAUUUGUCUCAUCUAAUCCCGGGAAUCGACUGUACACAAAGGUGCUACGAAAGGGUGAUGUAUUUGUAUUCCCAAUUGGUACCAUCCACUACCAAAGAAAUUUGUGGCGUAGACCUGCUGUUGCCAUGGCCGCUCUCAACAGCCAAGACCCGGGUGUCACCUCUAUUGAAAAUGCACUGUUUAAGGCUAAACCUAAUUUUCCUAGUGAAAUGCUGGCCACGGCUUUCCAGACCGAUAAUAAUGUUAUCACUAACAUCCAGUCCAAAUUUUAG